AUGGCGACUGGCAUCGCCGCCGCCAGCGCGGGAGCCGACGCCUUGGAGUCAGGCGCCAGCCUGCUGCGGCGACGCCACGCCGGCGGCCUUGCGGCGUUCGCGGACAAGCCCGUGCCGUCGUGGCAGGAACAGCUGACGGUGCGCGCCUUCGUGGUGGGGUUCAUCCUCUCCAUCUUGUUCAGCGUCAUCGUAAUGAAGCUGAAUCUCACCACCGGCGUCAUCCCCUCGCUCAACGUCUCCGCCAGCCUUCUCGGCUUCUUCCUCGUCCACCUCUGGACGAAAGCAAUCGAGAGCAUGGGCUUGCUCAAGCAGCCCUUUACGCGACAGGAGAACACCGUCAUCCAGACCUGCGUCGUCUCCGCCUAUGGCCUCGCCUUUAGUGGUGGGUUUGGCAGUUACCUAUUUGGUAUGAGUCGAAGCAUUGCUGAGCAAGCAACAGAGGCCAAUGAUGCCCAGAAUAUCAAGGAUCCUCACCUCGGAUGGAUGAUAGGGUUUAUGUUCCUCGUCAGUUUUGUUGGACUUUUCGUUCUGGUUCCUCUGAGAAAGGUUAUGAUUGUCGAUUACAAACUGACCUACCCUAGUGGAACUGCAACCGCUUACCUCAUCAACGGAUUCCACACACCCCAGGGUGCCGAACGUGCAAAGAAGCAAGUUCGAACCUUGGGCAAGUACUUCUCACUCAGUUUCCUUUGGGCCUUCUUCCAGUGGUUCUACACAGCUGGGGAUGAUUGUGGAUUCGCUUCCUUCCCAUCACUCGGCCUUGAAGCUUACAAAAACAAGUUUUACUUCGAUUUCUCUCCUACCUAUGUUGGAGUUGGGAUGAUAUGCCCGCACAUUGUGAACGUGUCUGUUCUACUGGGAGGCAUACUUUCCUGGGGAAUAAUGUGGCCUCUCAUUCGCAACAAGAAGGGGAGUUGGUACCCAGCCAGUCUCUCAGAAAGCAGUCUUCAUGGACUGCAAGGUUACAGGGUUUUUAUAUCCAUCGCUAUAAUUCUUGGAGACGGCCUGUACAACUUUGUGAAGGUGCUCAUUCGCACUACCACUGCGUUUAUAUCAAUGAUGAAGAAAAACAGCACACUUCCGGUUUCAAACAAUGGCAGCCCCAUCACUGAAGCUGUUUCCUUUGAUGACGAACGCCGCACGGAGCUGUUCCUGAAAGAUCAGAUCCCCAGAUCAGUUGCCUAUGGAGGGUACGUGGCUGUCGCUGCCAUCUCAGUCGGCACUCUUCCUCAGGUCUUCCCGCAGCUCAAGUGGUACUACAUCCUGGUCGCAUACGUAUUUGCACCUGUGUUGGCCUUCUGCAACGCCUACGGGAUUGGCCUCACCGACUGGUCCCUCGCGUCCACCUACGGGAAGCUUGCCAUCUUAAUCUUCGGCGCUUGGGCUGGCGCGUCCAACGGCGGUGUCCUCGCGGGGGCUCGCCGCCUGCGGCGUGAUGAUGAGCAUCGUGUCGACGGCCGCCGACCUGAUGCAGGACUUCAAGACCGGGUGAUCGGCACGGCCAUGGGCCGCGUCAUCGCGCCCUGCGUCUUCUGGCUCUUCUACAAGGCCUUCACCGACAUCGGCAUCAGCGUCAGCGAGUACCCGGCGCCCUACGCCAUCGUGUACCGGAACAUGGCCAUCCUCGCCGUGGACGGCUUCUCGUCGCUCCCCAAGAACUGUCUCACCCUCUGCUACAUCUUCUUCGCGGCGGCCAUCGUCGUGAACCUGAUCAGGGACCUGGUGCCGAAGAAGGUCGCCAGGUUCAUCCCAUUCUACAUCGGGUCCUACUUCGCCAUCGACAUGUUCGUCGGCACCGUGAUCCUCUUCGCGUGGCAGAUGAUCAACAGGGCCAAAGCCGACGCGUUCGGGCCUGCGGUUGCGUCCGGGCUGAUCUGCGGCGACGGCAUCUGGACCCUGCCGCAGUCCAUUCUUGCGCUCGCCAAGGUGAAGCCGCCGAUCUGCAUGAAGUUCCUGUCCAGGUCGGUGAACUCCCAAGUGGACGGCUUCCUCGGAAAUUAA